AUGGCUAAUGAUGAAUAUGAUUUUCUCUUCAAAGUUGUCCUGAUUGGUGAUUCCGGCGUUGGAAAGUCCAAUCUGCUGAGUCGUUUCACCCGUAACGAGUUCAACCUCGACUCCAAAUCCACUAUCGGUGUCGAGUUUGCCACCCGUUCGAUUCAGGUUGAUUCCAAGACAAUCAAAGCCCAGAUAUGGGAUACUGCUGGUCAGGAGAGGUACAGGGCCAUCACUUCGGCUUACUACCGAGGUGCGGUGGGCGCUCUAUUGGUUUAUGACAUCUCGAAGCACACAACCUACGAGAAUGUUACCCGCUGGCUCAAGGAGCUUAGAGAUCACGCCGAUAGCAAUAUUGUUAUCAUGUUGGUUGGAAAUAAGAGUGAUUUGAGGCAUCUGAGGGCGGUACCAACAGACGACGCGAAGAACUUUGCUGCUGAGAACCACCUCUCGUUUAUUGAGACUUCUGCGCUUGAUGCCAGCAAUGUUGAGCUUGCUUUCCAGAACAUUUUAACAGAAAUCUACCGAAUUGUCUCAAGCAAAGCACUCGAUGGUGGCGAUGCGCACCCGGUACCCCCCGUCGGUGGUAGCCAGCCCAUCGUAAUCAGCAACUCGGCCGACGCCCCUUCAAAGGACGGAAAGUGCUGUUGA